AUGGCCGCCACGAAGCGUUCCCUCGCUGACACCGAGGCCGAGGCCAGUGUCACCAGCAAGAAGCAGAAGAAGGACCUCGCCGCGGGUGGCGAUGUCGACAGCGACGAGGCGGCGGAGCUGAAGAAGCAGAGGAAGAAGGAAAAGAAGGAGAAGAAGGAGCGCAAGAAGGCCAAGGCUGCCAAGGAGGAGGUGGAGGAGGAGGCCCCGGCCGCUACUACCGAGUCCAAGGAGGAGACCGAGGAGGACAAGGCCGAGAGGAAGAGACUCAAGAAGGAGAAGAAGGAGAAGAAGAGGAAAGAGAAGGAGGCUAAGGAGGCCGAGAGCAACGGCGCACCCGCAGUUCCCGCCGCCGCCGUCGCCGUCACCGCUUCCACUCCCACCGCCGCGAUCCUCGGUGGCUACGAGGAGGCCGCGGCCCUCAAGGCCCUGCCCCAAUCGGACCUAGACGCCUUCCUGGCCGCCGAGAACAUCACCGUCACCGACCCGAUAACGAGCAACGCCGCCCUCCGCGCCAUCCUCGAGUUCGCCUACCUCCCCAAGACCGACCUCGUCAAGAAGAACCCCUUUGCCGCCUACAAGAAGCCCACGCCGAUCCAGUCCGCCUCGUGGCCCUACACCCUCGCCCGCCGGGACGUCAUCGGCGUCGCCGAGACGGGCUCCGGAAAGACCAUGGCCUUUGCCCUGCCGCUCGUCGAGGGCAUCUCCAAGAUCAAGAAGCGCUGUAUCAAGGCCGUCGUCGUCUCCCCGACCCGCGAGCUGGCCAUGCAGACCCAGGAGCAGAUGGAGCACGUGUCCAGCCUGCUCGGCCUCAAGAGCAUCUGCAUCUACGGCGGCGCCUCCAAGGACGAGCAGCGCAACCUCCUCAACCGCGGCGCCGACGUCAUCGUCGCCACGCCCGGCCGCCUCAAGGAUUUCAUGCAGGACGGCACCAUCUCGCUCCAGCACGUCAAAUUCGCCGUCCUCGACGAGGCGGACCGCAUGCUGGACAAGGGCUUCGAGGAGGACAUCAAGCUCAUCCUCGGCGACAUGCCGCCGCGCGAGCAGCGCCAGACGGUCAUGUUCACGGCCACCUGGCCCGCGUCGGUGCGCAAGCUCGCCGAGUCCUUCAUGGUCGACCCCGUCAAGAUCACCAUCGGCUCGAGCGGCAAGGAGACGGCCAACGGCGCCGUCGAGCUGCAGGCCAACACGCGCAUCACGCAGCGCGUCGAGGUCGUCGACCCGCGCGCCAAGGAGCAGAGGCUGCUGCAGAUCCUGAAGCAGUGGCAGACGGGCGCCAAGAAGGACGAUCGUAUCUUGGUGUUUUGCCUGUACAAGAAGGAGGCCACGCGCGUCGAGAUCUUUUUGCAGCAGCGCGGCAUCCGCGUCGGCGGUAUCCACGGCGAUCUGCGCCAGGAGCAGCGCACGAGGAGUUUGGAGGCUUUCAAGGCUGGUACCACGCCCGUGCUGGUCGCUACUGAUGUUGCUGCUCGUGGUUUGGAUAUUCCCGAGGUCAAGCUGGUUGUCAACGUGACUUUCCCCUUGACGAUUGAGGAUUACGUUCACAGAAUUGGACGUACUGGCCGUGCUGGCAAGACUGGCGAGGCGAUUACCCUGUUUACCGAGCACGACAAGGCGCACUCUGGAUCUUUGAUCAACAUUCUCAAGGGUGCCAAGCAAGAGGUUCCCGAUGAUCUCUUCAAGUUCGGCACCACCGUCAAGAAGAAGGCUCACAGCACCUACGGCGCCUUUUUCAAGGACGUUGACAUGACGAAGAAGGCGACCAAGAUUACGUUUGACUGAUUUGUUACUAAUUUCUUUACUUCUCGGGAGGAUUUCUACGUGUUUUGUUUCCCACCCUGAGGUAGUUAUGUCUAUGCUGUCUUUGGCUUGCGUGCCGAGUUGUAACAUUGCAGGAGAAAUCUGCGUUCGGCAAAGAGUCUGAGGUCAUGUUAGAAGGAGGGGAAAAGCACACACACACACACACACACACACACAUACACGCACUAGGCCAGAGCGGCGCGAACGACGGGG